UUCUUCUCUAGUUCACUCUUCCUCCACUGACACCCACUCCGACCCAUCAACUCCAUCUUCUUGCUUUUAUAUCGCGUGUUGAGUUCGUUCCUUACCCAUAACAAAAUCCACUUCCAUCAUGUCUUCCCCACUGGACCAGUCCCAGAAGGGCCCCUCUUUCCACCGAGGAACAUUUACCGACGAGAUUGCAAAUGCCCGGACCGAUCUAUCGGCGAAGUUGGUACUCGGCGACUCGGAUACGGAAUCACCUUCUGUUACAGAAGCAGCCCCGUCAUUGAGUCCUGCCAGCACCUCAGCACCGUCAUCUCCAGAUAUCGAUGCUGUUGAAUCUCCUAUCACACCUCCCGACGCUAACGGCCAUGUUGUUGGCGGCAAAGAACCCCUUGUGGCUGAUAGUUUCGCCUUCGCCUUUGAUAUCGAUGGCGUCCUUGUCCGAGGUGGUCGUCCAAUUCCCGAGGCUAUUGAGGCUAUGAAGGUCCUCAACGGCAAGAACAAAUAUGGUGUCAAGAUCCCCUAUAUCUUCUUGACCAACGGUGGUGGUAAAUCCGAAGCCGAACGAUGCGGGGACCUAUCACGCCAACUUGAAGUAGAAAUUUCACCAGCACAAUUUAUCUGUGGUCAUACUCCCAUGUCAGAAAUGGCCAGCAAGCAUAACACCGUUCUUGUAGUGGGCGGUGAAGGUGAAAAGUGCCGUACCGUUGCCCAGAGCUACGGAUUUAAGGAUGUUGUCACCCCUGGCGAUAUCAUCAAGGCCAAUGCCGCUACCACCCCGUUCCGCAAGUUGACAUCCGAGGAGCUGAAGAACUCCAAGGAGCGUGACUUCAGCGAUGUUGUCAUUGAAGCCAUAUUCGUGUUCGCCGACUCACGCGAUUGGGCUGGUGAUCUGCAGAUCAUCAUCGACCUCGCCAUGUCUAAAGGCGGCCGAGUCGGCACUCUUUCAGAGACCUUCGACGAGGGUCCACCAAUCUACUUCUCCCACAACGACGUUGUUUGGUCAGCCGCCCACGAAAACGUCCGUCUUGGCAUGGGUGCCCUGCGCGGUAUUGUCGAGUACACCUUUAAGGAGGUCACCAAGGGCAAGACGCUCACAACACACGCCUUUGGAAAACCCCAGGUCGGCACGUUUGAGUUUGCUACGCGUCUCUUGAAGCGAUGGCGCAAGAACGAGCAUAACCUCAACUCUCCUCCCAACACGGUCUACUUCGUGGGCGACACGCCCGAGAGUGAUAUCCGAGGCACUAACCGAUUCAAUGAACGUGCCGAGAACGAUUGGUACAGCAUCCUCGUCAAGACGGGCGUGUAUCAAGAUGGUACCGAACCGGCUUACAAACCCCGUGUGACAGUCGACACCGUCCUAGAUGCCGUGAACCAUGGUAUCGAGCGGGAAAUGACCCGCCGGAAACAGCGAAAGCUUUCGUUGACGAACAUGCCCACGCUUUCUCUCGACGAUGGCAAAAUGAAUGAUGUUCACAUUCUCAGCCCUGCCAUUGAGCGUGAGUUUGAGUUUGAGGCUUAAGUCACCCGUUCGUUCAUUCGCUCUAUCCAUUCAAAUAAACACCCAUCCAUUUACAUAAUCUUCUGACGAGAUCACGACAUCAUUCCUUUCUUCCAUCCUUCAUUUUUAAUAUGAUACCACUCGAGUUUUACUUCACAACUUUCCUUAGACCCCAAUAGACAUAGACUAUGUUAUAAACGGGGAUCUUGAUCGGGGAUUUUCAUCAUCAAUCGCCAACCUAAACUACCUCACUACCUACCUCUCUACCUUUCUCUCUAUCUAUCUCCCUAUCUACCGACCUCUUACCAUACUUGCAUGUUAUCGAUUCAGUCAUUUAUUAGCAUGGUGAAGGAUAUCACUCUUGCCUUUUUCACCACUACGGGAUUCUCAAAGUCAGUUGGAGUUAUAAAUUAUGGAAUAGGCAUGUUGAGGAUUUUACUGGGAAUACUGUACCGCGUUUGACGCGGGAUUUCUUUUUAAUAGAAUAUUUGGAUGUGCAAAUAGAUGAAUAAAAUAAAUUUUCAAAUUAGAUCUACGUUUUCGUAUCU